CAGCAGGUUCUAAGAAUUCCCAUCAAAGCUGAGCAUUUCCCUUCUUUGGCCAUCUCAUUCAGGACCUCCCCAUUGUCGUGCCAAAGUUUUCUAAUAUCCAGAGGCUCCUCAGAUGAGUCUAAGGUAAACAGGAGGAGACAUAUGACAAGGUAUGAAAUUGAUUCUGCUAACCAACAAUGGUCAAUGUCAGGAAGGGUUAUUAUUGAUCGUCCGCUGUUGCACUACAUGAGGACAUUCUAGUUUAUUUUAUCUUCAUUAUUUUGGUAAAUGGAUGGUGUUUUAUGUAUGUUCCCUGCCAUGAGAUCUUAGGAUAAAGGGCAAGUUAUAGCUAUUUUAAAUAAAUAAAACUCCCAAGAAGCAAGGAAGCUGGGUUUAUGGGAUGCAAGGGGCUCCAGCUCCCCAAAUAUUUUGGGGGCAGGGAGAUGCAUCCUCCAAUAUUGAGGGGGCCAUCACCCCCUGCCACCCCCUGUGCACCCCAGUCUCUGCCUGGCAGCCCAGGAACCCAGGAGCCAGGUGGGGGCUGGGACAAGCGAGGGCAAUCUUUGCCUUCGCUCGCCCCAGCCUCCGCCUGACAGCCCAGGAGCCAGGCAUAGGCUGGAACUAGCAAGCACAAAGAUUGUCCUCUGAAAGUCCCACCCCCACCCAGCACAUGCUGGGCAGUGUCACAUGACCACACCCCCUCAAUGUGUGGGGCAAGUUGGCGCCCCUGCCAAGAAGGCACCCACUUUCCAUGCAAAACCAAUGGAGAUGCACCAUAAGUGCAACCAAGAAAAGUGCUGGUACCUACUAUCUAAGUGGGAAUAUCAGGAUGUGAGACCUGUGGGAAGCAUGAAAUGCAUACUGGGCAGCUACAAACUGCACACAUGUGUCUGCUAUGCCUUUUCGUAGGGCUGUUCAUCCACAAAAAAUGUUUCUUAUCCUGUACAUUCUAGCACUUUUCCCCCAUCACCUUUCUAACAGCCAUAAUGUCCAAAAAACAAAACAAAAAAAGUGCAAUGGAAAACAUGGGAUAAUAGCCACUAGUUGCUAGUGACAUUUAACCUCCAUGCAAACAUAUCAGGAUGAAUAUUCAAUGAACAGGCAACAGGCUUUAUCUCAGUGUCUUAUAAUAACAAUGUCUUUAUUUCCACAACACUUUCCUAUGUAAGCACACUUGGGGAUCUGUAAUAAACCAUGAAUUCUGAAGUAGACACGAUACCAUGUCCUUUGGAAUGCAUCCCAUGUUAAGCUAAGCCAUGGUUAACAUAAACCAAGGUUUACAAACCAGCUGCAAACCUUGGUUAAUACAUAAACCAAAGUUAAGCUGAGGUGCAGGUAUGGACAAUCAGGCUUAACUGUGCUUAAGUUAAAUCAGGGUUUAUAAACCAUGGCUUAGUGUCACAUGCAAACCAGGUUGUGUUUCUACUACUGAGUGCACAUAUCAGCACUAUGUAAGUCCUUGACAUCUGUUCAGUCUUGUCUAUGCAGUAUUAAGGGUUCAGGGUGCUAACAAAAACAGCAAUACACCAGUAGCGGUCACGAUGGUCAUGUCACUUGUUAUUUAUUUUGUUUUUGUUUUUUUAAAUAAUAUUUAUUAGUAGUUUCAGAAUUAUAGAAGAUAAUGAAAAAAUAAAAACAGCACAAUAAUACCUAAAAAAGAGAGGAAAAAAACAGUACAACAAUACAACAGUACAGCAAAAAAAAUACAAAGGAAAAAGGAAAACAAAAAAAGGAAAAAAAACACAAAUCCCAAAUUACAUAUCUAUAACUUCCAUUUGCUUGUUUCAUUGACCUCCUCACACCUCCCUUCUUGCAUUCUAGUUCAAUUAGUUAUUUCAGCAAAUUCUUUCCAUCUUCCUCAAUUUUUGUUACAAAAUUUAUCUUAAAAAUUUAACCUAAUAAUUAGCUCAACAAAUCCUUUCCAUCUUUCCCCAUAUUCUGUUAUUCAAAUUACUUUAGUUUAUUUAACCUUAUCUUACCCUAAAAUACCUUAAAGCUUAAAUCUUAGUUUUCAAAUAUACAUAACUCCUGAUAUCAUUUUUGCUAGAGUCAUAUAGUUUCAUUCCAACAUUUUCCCUAAUAUUCAUUCAUUUUAAGCUAGUUCCCUAAAUAGAAAGUUUUUAUUUAUAAAUUUUUUCCAAUCUUCAUCCCACGUCUCUUCUUCCUGUUCUCGGAUCGUGUCAGUCCUUACUGUCUUACUUGUUAUUUAUUUUGAGUCUAUGAAGAAACACAAAACCUUGGUGUAUUGCAGCACCAUGUUUUAUCUGAUCGCUAUGGACUGCAGUGCUGCAACCAAAAGGGAUCCCAAAGGGACUUACUCCUGUAAGCAACAAUUGUGUUGUGAGAUUGCUUAGAUAUCCUGACUCUGAUGCUCAACAGGAAUCCUACUUUCACUUCAGCAGUUGACUACCAAGGGAAUUCACAGCCUCAUUCCUUCUUUACUUAUGCUUUGGUUUUUUGGCAGGGUGACAAGAGCUUUUAUCCCUCUCCAAUUCUGCUAACGCAAUUCCACUUCCACAAAGUCAGAAAAGGGCAUGAGGAAAGGUGCAACACUAUGGGGGAAGUUGCGAUUGUGGUAGACAAUGGCAGUGCCUUCAGUCGAUCAGGCUUUGCAGGAGAGGAAAGGCCAAGGAUUUCCAUGAAGACAACAUACUUGCCUCCCACUGAUCCGGGGAUGACUCAGGACAAACAUCUAUCUAUUUCCUGUAGUGUCCAUGCCAAAGGCAGCUCCAGAAGAUCCUCAGACCAUCCAGUUAGGCAUGGCAUCAUAGUGGACUGGGAGGCUAUGGAGAAUCUGUGGAGCCAUCUCUUCUACUGUGGAUUGAGAGUGCCUGUUGAGGACCAUCCUACGCUGAUGACUGACUCUCCCUCCUGCCCUACUACAAACAGAGAGAAGAUGGCAGAGGUGUUUUUUGAGAGCUUUGGUGUCCCAGCUUUACAUGUGGCCAACACAGGAUUCCUCUCCCUCUGCGCCUGUGGUAGAGUCACUGGACUGGCUGUGGAGGCAGGGGCAGGAGUUUCUCAUGUCACUCCGAUCUACUCUGGGCAAACCUGGAUGGAAGGCACCUACCGACUAGACGUGGCUGGGAGGGCUCUCUGCAAGCACAUGCAUGCCCUGCUGCUGGAGAGUUCCAAUGACCCACAGCUUCUUGGGUCCUUGGAUAAAAAGAUGGUGGCCCGGCUUACAAAGCAGUACUGCUAUGUGUCCAUGGACUAUGAAAGGGAUCUUCAAGGCAAGGCUUGCCAGGACCCUGUGAGCGUUCAGAUCCCUGAUGGGCACUUGUUAAUGUUAGACAAAGAACGUAUUUGCUGCCCAGAGCCACUCUUCAGGCCACAUCUGUUGAGCCAGAACUCCCCGGGACUUCAUAUCUUGGCUUUCCAAAGUUUGCAGAAGUUUCCAGCUGAGUUUCAAGGAGAGCUCAUGCAUAAUGUUGUAUUAUCAGGAGGCUCCUCAUUGUUUCCUGGCUUUCCAGAGAGGAUGUGCAAGGAACUGCAUGCCUUGCUUCAUGGCAGGGGGCACCCUAUAAAAAUUCUGGCUUCCCCAGCAAGAGGCAAGGCAGCAUGGCUUGGGGGCUCUUUGGUGGCCUCACUCAGCUCUUUCAAUGGCUUUUGGAUGAACAAAGAAGACUAUCAAGAGCAUGGGGCAGCUUAUGUGCAUGAGAAAUUCAAGUAGGCAAAGAAAAUGCUUCGACUAAGAUAAGGCAAAAGCAUAAUGGGGAAGAGAGAAAACAGCAAGAGCACAGUGGCUUUCCAAAUGCAAUUGUAUUUUGUAUCCAGCCAAAAUUCGGUGCUUUGUGUCAUAUUGAUUUCUGCUCUCAGCUCUUUCUCCUUGAAAUCAAUGGGAGUUAAAUAAAUGGAGGUCUGAUUGUGCACCUAAACUCUCUAUGGAAACAGGUUUUUCUUUAGCAAAUGGAAAUGGAAAUACAAGAAGAGAAAAAUGCACGGAUACCCAUCAUUUCUAUAAUCAAAUUGAGAGAAAAAGAAGUAUCAUUCAUUACAACAUGACCAACUUUACACAUUAUGCAUUCUACUUAUCUGGUCAUUAAAACUUCAUACCUGUUGCCAAUUUUCUAAGAGAAAUGAAGAAAUGAAAGCAAAACAAAAUCAAACAGUGAACCAUUAACUCAAAUGCAAC